UCAAACCAAACUGUCGUCGACUAAGAAUAUUCAGUACAGCUGGGACGUAGUGUGGAUCGAACACGUCUGACGCGCUGUAAAACGAUACAUACGUACACCCGUCUCUACCUACUCAGGAAACAAAAGUGUCACACGAUCCAAGUGUCGGAAUAUUUUUUUUAAUACUUCGUUUAUCAGUGUGUCCCGACCUGAGUUCUUCUGUUUCGUUGUCUGAAUUGCGCAUUUGCCACGUGAUAGCCAAGAGAGACUAGAAGAUUCUGGAAAAGAAAUAUAAAAUAAAUAACUCCAUAGAACUAUCACCACAGACUGAAUUUAAUAAACAUUUCCUUUGCCAACAUUGUUCGUUUUUACAACAGUGCACGGUUAAUAAAGGGGGAACAAAUCUCGAUGAACGACCAGUGAUGCAGUUUGAAUGAUUCUAACGAUUGCUAAGAUGGACGGCUACUUCAAGAUCGUUUUUUUAUUGUCGCUGACCUCAGCUGUCAUUGCCAUUAAAAAUGGAAUACAACUAUCCGAGGUCGAUGUCGUAAGGCAUGACUUGAUGAAAGUAGAGUCCGAUUUAGUGCAAAGGCUCAACAUAUCGUCAACCAUGUACAACUCGGAAACGCGGAAGAAAGCCGUGACUAUGAUAAUUGAAGCUUACGCAAAGUUUGGGAGUUUGGUGGAUGAUGAGUUUCCAAACACCAGAGAGAAACACUUAGAACCCCUCCAGUCGUUACACGUCUGGGCAAAGGCUGAGAACAUACUACGGAAUAUCAACGGACUGUACACAACGUUCAGACGACUUCAGCAGACCUCGAUUGAAAGUCAUUCACCAGUCGAUGAAGAAACAUGGAAAGACUUCUCAAAGACGAUACUAUUCGAUGCAAAUGUUUCCAUAUUGACUGCGCUCUAUGAAAUCUUUGAUUUAAUUGUUGAUGAAAAACUUUACGCGUCGGCCUAUCAGGAGGGAGAGAGAACGAUUUGUAAUAACUAUCAAUCGCCGCAACAGUUGCUCUACAAUUUGUACAACAGUAUUGCAGUUACAGAGCUCAAAGGAUACACGAUGAUGCAGUUUUCAUGGCUGUUGCUAAAGCUUUAUAAAAAUGGUAAUUUUAGCGAAGAGAUACAGCAAACGAAAACGAGGUACGAAGCCCGUAUGGCAGAAACCUCACGGGCUGUACAGACGGCGAUGACAUUUGCAUCUCCAGACCUGUGGAAAUGUGAUCCCCAAUAUCCAAGAGGACCAGAAACGAGCACUGAGUUAAAUUGGUUUCUGCAGUCCUAUAUUGUGAAUGAACUUGACUUGAAUGACAAGAAUACAUGUGGUCAAAACUGCGCAUACUACAGUUACGCCGAAGUAAAUUGCAACCCAAAAGACGCAUAUUGCAAGAAACAGCGGAAAUGCAACGGAGCAGUAUACAAUUGCCAAUACGUCGAUUCCGACAUGUGGAUAUGUCCAGCGGGAAAAAAUAGCAAUCGAAGAUACGAAUAUAUAGAAUAUGAAAACGGUCGUGUAUUGGGAGAGAAAGGAACGUGUUCUCAAGGUACAACCAAGGUGGAUAGCUGGUGGAGAUGGCUGUUUUGGCAUUGCAGUUACUGCAUAUGUUCUUGCGAUGAACAGGACAGAGAUUCAGACCGAUUUUUCAACUUGCGCAAAGUCGUUGCUGACGUCGACUCGAAUAAAGUAAUCACCGGAAUUAAAUUCGUGAAGGUCAACGGAAUGAUUCACCUCCAAAUUGAGCAGGGCCAGUUAUUGGAAAGCGGAACAAUUGGCAAUGUCACGGAAUGGAAGCCUGUUGAGAAAUUUUCUAUUUACGAUAAUGGAGUAAAUGAGGGAACAGAUUUCCUGACAUUAUCUUGGCACCAGAGAGCUAUAGAUCUAGAUGACCUUAAGGCUCCUCCAGGCCAUCUGAUGACAGGUGUGAAGUUCAGGAAGCUAGGUGCUCAUGUGAACCUGGAAAUAAUGACAACUCCGUUUAAUUUCACAACUGGAACCCUGCUACACCCGGAUACACAGAGCGUAUGGCAUGGAAACGACAAUACCGAUGCAGCAUUGGAAAAUCCAAGAACACUUCUGGCAUUGAAUAGACCAGAUAAAUCAACACGAUCUCAAGCACAAUCGAUACCAGACUCAAAACAUAAUCAAUACAUGAUGUUCGGUCUGUCGGAUUUGGAUAAAGAUGCCGGGCAAAGCAUAGUACCAUUUAUUGAUACGCAACCUGUUGCGCCAUACCCGCGGGUCCCUAUUGCAGGAGCUGGAAUUUACCAUAAGGGAAGACCAGAAUUUGGUGGAUACAUUGCUCCGAAACUUAUAACAUACAACUUCGCACCUCACUUGCACAGCGAGAGAUCAGAUGGCACCCCACUAAUCAAUAAUAGGCGUAAAAAUGUGAUAACAAGACCUCAAUUUAAUUGAGAUCGAAUACAGCAGUAAAGUUUUGUACAUUCGAGCAGAAAAACAAACGAAUCUCGAAAACGCUAGCGUAAAAUCAAACUAUCAUUCAUUUUUAUAAAGUAUAGGAUUUUCAUUCUAUGUGUGUGUAUAACUAUAAUUAUAAGGGAUUAGAAUAUAAUUACGUAAAGAACUAUUAUCACACAUUUAGUCACAACUCAAAAGUUGCCUGUGAUUAAUGUACCUCAACUUAAGCUGAGGAGAAUAAAUAUACUCUUUUGCAUCAUGUAAAAACAUAUCUAUUAUAAUCUACUUUACUCGUGUGUACUUUGUAAAAUCACAUUAAUUUGAAUAAAUGACGAAAAAGCAAAAUGU